AUGGGGGACAUGAAAGAAACAAAAAUGCAGAUAACGCCGGAAACCCCGGGACGAGUCACCAUUCUCAACCCCUUUGAGAGCCCAAGCGAUUAUUACACCCUCCAGGAACAGAUCGUCUCCAGCCCUUCAGUCUUUAAGUCAACAAAAUCCUCAUCAACACCAGGAAAAUUUAGGUGGUCCAUUGAUCAGCUAGCUCUAAUAAAUCCUGUGGAGAUUGAUUCGGAAGAUGUUCGACGCCAAGCAAUGUAUUUGAGUCACACUAGAAUUGAUAAGGAGAUGGAAGACAGAAGACAAAAAGCCAUUGAGGAGUUUUUUACUAAAAGACUCAUAGUUCCUUCUCCUUGGACUGAACAUGAAGGGAAACAAGUUUCUCAGUUUAAUUCAACUAAAUGCAUAGAUCUAAAUAACAUUUCUCCAAUUGGAAGGCAGCUACCUUUGCAACCUGGAAAAAGCAAUGCUGCUUGUCAGACAGUAUUGUCUUUGCCUGUGGAUUUUAAUCUAGAGAAAAUACUAGGUGAAUAUUUUAGAACUGACGAAUUUGCAGAUCAGUCUCAGGAAAAUCUGAGCAGCUCUUCACUCAGAAGAAAGCUGUUUUUAGAGGAGAAUGGAAAUGUAUCUGAGUGCUUGUCCCCUUCUCUGCAAAGCCCGUGCGGUAUCCAGCCCCUUGGGGUGCUCUGUUCAAUAGAUAUAUCUCCAGUCCGGUGCAGAAGCCCUCUGGAAACGUCCGGUUCAGGUCAGUUUUCCUCCAGCCCUAUUCAAGGAGGAGCACGGGCUUACAGCCUGGGAAGCAUAACCAGCCCCACAUUUCCAGAGGGCUCCCCUGCACAUAAUGGUUCUCCUACCUUCUCGCCAAUUGCUUUCCAUAUAAGAAAGACACCCAUGUCAGACCAAAGAAAAUUUACGUUCUGUUCUCCAGACAUUCCCUCUGCUUCAAAGAGAAUGACACCCCCAAGUACCAGAAGUCCUUACAUCGAUGGCUGUUCUCCGAUUAAGAAUUGUUCUCCCAUGAGGCUUGGAGCGUGCCGAGGACCUGGCCAGUAUCAGGCCUCUCUCAUCAGAAUCCCGUUCACCGUAGAAAGCCACGGCGAGGAGGAGGCCGACAAGGAAAACCUGUAUCCAGGAGAAUCCCGCUUCCCGGAAACGGCUGACGGCACGAGCCUGCGCUGCCCCGAUGGCGACGUGGACAGUGGCUAUAAUACACAGACAGGUGGAAGCAGCAUGAUGGAUAUUGCUGGGGCUGAGAACAGUUGCAGAGAAAAUGAUGUGAAUACACAUGUGUUUCAGAAUAAAUCUCAGCUUCUCAAAAUGAAGGAGUGUUCUGCUUUAAACCAUAAGGACAAUCAGUUGCUGAGAGCAAAAUCUCCAGAGAAGCAAUCCUGUUUCCAUAAUGCAAAAAAGCAUAAUAUAGUGUUUGGUCAAAAUGCAACUUGCAACAUUUCUACCUGGCAACAUAACAGUGAGAAUCAAAUACAGGGAUUUCACAGAAAUGCAAGGAUCUCCAAUCCCAGGAUACUGGAUGGAAAUUCUGUCUCCUAUUCUAUUCAACAGCCCACAGAAGUGCCAGGAUCCAAGUGAUUUGAGCAGGGCUGGCGAGCAGCUCUUGUGC